AUGGAGAGCGUUCAGAAGCCGACCGUGAUAUUUGUGCUGGGUGGACCCGGCUCGGGCAAGGGCACCAACUGCGCCCGCAUUGUGGAGGACUUUGGAUUCGUCCAUCUGUCCGCCGGUGACCUGCUGCGCGAGGAGCAGGCCAGCGGUUCGCAGCAUGGUGAGAUGAUCAAGAGCAUGAUCAAGGAGGGCAAGAUCGUGCCUUCGGAGGUCACCGUGACCCUCCUCGAGAACGCCAUGGAGAGGAGCGCCACCAAGAAGUUCCUCAUCGAUGGCUUCCCCAGAAACGAGGAGAACAACCAGUCCUGGGAGCGCCAGGUGGCCCCCAAGGUCAACUUCGAGUUCGUCCUCGUGCUCGACUGCCCCGAGCAGGUCCUCGAGGAGCGUCUUCUCAAGCGAGGCCAGGACUCUGGUCGUGCUGACGACAACCUGGAGAGCAUCAGGAAGCGCUUCCGCACGUUCCAGGAGCAGACCCAGCUGGUGCUGGACCACUACGGCAAGCAGGGCAAGGUGCGCACCAUCGAUUCCAACAGGGAGCCCGCUGCGGUCUACGCCGACAUCCAGCAGCUCUUCGGCUCGCUAUAA